UCAGCCUAUUCCAGAGAGAAAGAUCCCAAACCGCUACCUCGGACAGCCCAGCCCCUUCACUCAUCCACACCUCCUCCGACCAGGCCUCGCCGCUUCUCAAGAUAAAAUAAGAUUCUACUGUAUUUUUGAAGCCCUCCACAAGCUCCCUUGGAAACCUAUUUGAAUGUUUAAUAAUAGCAAAAAAACUGACUCAAGUUGCUCAGUCUUUAGCAGGCUUCAGAUUUUCCCUUAAAAUGUGCCCCUCAAACUCUGAAAGGGCAGCGGAGAGAGCGUGGCUGUCAAUGUGCCUCUGAAGAGUGGUGACUGGGGAAGUGACGCCAGGAUUGUCCCAGGUGGAAUACGCCCUGCGCCGGCACAAGCUCAUGACUCUGAUCCGGAAGGACACAUCGGGGCAGAGUGGGACAGAACAAACGGUGAUCCUGCUGUCCAACCCCACGUAUUACAUGAGCAAUGACAUCCCCUACACCUUCCACCAAGACAACCAUUUCCUGUACCUCUGCGGCUUCCAGGAGCCCGACAGCGUUCUGGUGCUUCAGAGCCUUCCGGGCAAACAGCUGCCAUCCCACAAAGCCACGCUCUUCGUCCCGCGCAGGGACGCGAGCCGGGAACUCUGGGAUGGACCACGGUCGGGCCCCGACGGGGCAGUAGCCCUCACCGGAGUGGACGAAGCCUUCACCCUCGAGGAGUUCCACCAUCUGGUAUCGAAGCUGAAAGCUGAGACCAACACAGUUUGGUAUGACUGGACAAGGCCGGCCCACUCCCAGCUUCACUCAGACUUCCUGCAGUCUCUAACCGAAACCAAAGCCAGGAGCAAGAACAGAGUCCGAGGACUCCAGCACCUGGUGCAGCAGCUCCGGCUCAUCAAAUCCCCAGCCGAGAUUGAGCUGAUGCAGGUGGCCGGGAGACUGACGUCCCAGGCUUUCAUAGAGACCAUGUUUGCCAGCAAAUCCCCUAUAAAUGAAGCAUUUCUCUAUGCCAAGUUUGAAUAUGAAUGCCGAGCUCGUGGUGCAGACAUCUUGGCUUAUCCACCUGUGGUUGCUGGCGGCAACCGGUCCAACACUUUGCACUAUGUGAAGAACAAUCAACUUAUCCAGGACGGGGAGAUGGUGCUGCUGGAUGGAGGUUGCGAGUUCUCCUGCUACGUGAGCGACAUCACCCGCACUUGGCCUGUCAAUGGCAGGUUCACCGCACCCCAAGCAGAGCUGUACGAAGCUGUCUUGGAGAUCCAGAAGGCCUGCCUGACCCUCUGCACUCCUGGGACCAGCCUGGAGAACAUCUACAGCCUUAUGCUGACAUUAAUAGGACAGAAGCUGAAAGAGCUUGGGAUCUUGAAGAACGCCAAGGGAAACGACGCUUUCAAGGCUGCUCGGAAAUUCUGCCCCCACCAUGUGGGCCAUUACCUGGGGCUGGAUGUCCAUGACACUCCAGACGUGUCCCGUUCACUCCCGCUCCAGCCAGGAAUGGUGAUCACUAUCGAACCAGGCAUCUACUUUCCCAUGGAUGACCCUAGUGUCCCGGAGAGAUUCCGUGGCAUCGGUGUGCGCAUCGAAGACGACGUGGUGGUGACUCAGGACCUGCCACUCAUCCUGUCUGCAGAUUGCCCUAAGGAGAUGGAACACAUCGAAGAGAUCUGCAGCAGGGGCUCUUGACCUCUCUCCCCAGACCCGUAUCCACCUCAAAAGCCUCAGGAAGCACGUAGGCACCCGCAGCCGUGUGUACGUUUGCGUGUACGUGUCGGCGCUGUACGUCCGGACGUAUAGACGCGUCCCUGUCUAUACGGGACGGUAGGUGUCUGUAUGUGUAUGAUUUUUUUUUUUUGAAGUAAAGAGGGUUCGGGGGUGACUGAGGAGGGAUUAGUCAGCUGUGAAUCCCUGGAGCUCUGGGAGGAGAGAGGAGGAGAUCGUUACUGACUUGGGCAAAGUCGAUGCUGAAUGUAGAUGUCACAGUAGGGUUUUAUGUUCCCAUCUCCCAUCCAUUUGCGUUCAUACUCUUUUUAAAUGUAAAUGGACAAAAAAAAAGAUUUCCCUGCCACGGCCGUGCAGAGCCAUAUCUUUCCACUGUCUUGUUAAUGCCACCCAGUGUUUAAGGUAUUUUUAUAGUGCUUGAAUUGUCAAGUAGUAUUAAAGGCCUCUGUUUAGUCCAGGCUUCCAAUUGGUAGCCUGAACGGAAAUGCCACAUCUAGACCAUAGAACGGUGAGGUGGAGUUGUGCACCGCGAUCUCCCUUGGCCCCUACCUCUUGACUCCAGGCUCACAGAAUUUCUGAGAGGCCCAGGACGGUAGCAUCUGUCAUUCAAGCCCGUCAUCCCUCUUCAGUUGAGACCACUGUAGAGCUCACAUGGCAGACGGAAGGAGACCACUCCCUCCAUAAAUUCUCUAAAGGAGCCAGGGUUUGAACUGUCCAUUUCUUCUUUCAUUAGCUGCCGACACACGUCAUUAGUGUCUUCAGCCAAUUCCCAAGUGGCAGGGCAUCGGCGCCUGUGGCCUAGAGACCUGGUAGAUCAUUCUGUCUUCUUGGGACUAGGAAGGAAUAGGGCAGGAGGUGGAUGAGAAAAAGGGAAACGAUAAGAUAAAAUCUAGAUCUUCCACCAUCUAUUUUCUACCUCCACACUUCUCCAGUCUUAGAGCUCCGUCUCCCUUAUCAAAUAGACCCCCUUCUUUCUGAGUAAGACACUGGCCUUCACAACACAUCCUCUGUGCUUGAACCCCUGUGUGAGGAAACUUGUCUCCUCCUCCACACUGGGGAGGGGAGGAAAAUGCCUGUUUGCACCUCCUGACAUUUGAAAAAAAAAGAAAGACCCUUCCAUUUCAGAUGGCUGAGGAAAGUCCUGUAAUCUUUCCUUUUUCCUUUAGGUAUUGUUGAAAGGGCAGGGGCACUGGCAUGGAGCCCCUCACCUCUCAGGAGAGGUAGCGGGGCAGCUUUAGGUGCAGCCAUGGGCCCCUGAAGAUGACCGGGGUAGGAUUCCUUAGGGAGCGUGGGUUGGCCUGAUUUAACCUCUGAAUUGGAGCUGGUAAAACCUACCAACGACGAUGCCGUGGAUUUUUAUUUUUUUUUAUAAACACCACGGAGAGGUUUGGGGAAGGAAGGACUCGGGGCUGAUGCUCACCUUGCUGGGCCAGAACAUCACCUCUGUGGUCAGGAAAUGAAGGAAGAGGCCACGCCAGGCCCAGGCGGGUGGCCAGCGCCAUGAGAGGCAAGAACACCAUUAUGAAUCCGAUUGGCUAGAGUGCACGCUGAGAAUUUUUCGAAGAGGGUUUGUUGCCUGACCCAUUUCUUCUUAGAUAACUUGCUUUCAGCUAAGCGGACAGAAAAGAACGGGCCUGCCCAAAUGCCCUGCCGCCGGCACCCUGCAGGGCGGAGCAGCAAUAUCACGAAACAUCUUGAUCCUGUUUACUUCCUCUUCGCCUCUCUCCCUCAUCAGGUCUGCCGCCCCUGGCUUUAGCCAACCAUUAUUUUCCCAAGUCAAGGAGACGGGUGGACAGGCCACAGAGGAAGCAGAAGUGGUCGGGUUGUUUUCCCUUAUUUGCCAGAUUGUACUGGGGGUUGCUCCUCCUUCCAGUGAAUAGCCGUUUGAGGCAGAACACAAAAAUCAGCGGCCUCUCACUGCUCUCCAGCGAAGAAACUAGUUGGAUCCUUCUCUAUGCAAAUCCACCAGUAUUCAGAGCCAUCCUCCAGGCUUGAAGAUGAAGAUACCGAUCACGGUCCACAUGGGUGUGUGUGAAUGGAAAGAUCCACGUGUGGCCAAGAGUGCAGAUGUGAAAAUGAAUCUUUGACUUGAGGCUGGGUUGGUUCUUUGUGGAAUACUACACAGUUUUUGCCUUCCCUAUGCAAAAAGGCUGAGAUGAAGUUAAAUCCUUACUGUCCUCAAAACCUUUAGCAGAACUUGAGUAGUUAAGGGUGGCCUACAAUAACUCCCAUGAAUGUCCCAUUUGGAGGAAUCUGUGAGCAACCCUCUAAUCCUCUACUUGGAGCAUAUAGGUCUCAGAAUUCCAGAAAGAAUAUCCCAGGCAUUUAAAUUGAACAAGCGAGCCUACCAAAAAGAAGAAAAUGGAAACCUCGGGAUGCUGUCUGGCACAAUAAAUAUAUAUGGAACAGUGUUUUCACCUUUAAGUUCGGGAAGUUUUAGUUUCGAAAAGCAGGUAGCAAAUAAUAGCUCCAUCAUAUGUUUCCAUCCCUGUAAUGGGCAUAAUCCGGUCAUACUUGCCCUUCGGGAUCAGUGGCAUGUCAGUUGUUUCCACUGUAAUGUGGGAAUCAUAUUCUUGAAGAACCUCAUGUUAAGGAAAAUUCGUUCUUAAAUACUCCAACUGGGUUCAGCCCCUGCAUACAAACACAUUGUCAGAAGAACGUUCCCUAUCUCUGCCCAAACGUUCUAUUCCAAAUGCACAUGGAAGACCCACGUUAGAGGAGAACCAACACUUUUCCAAAUAUAAACCUUCCAAAAGGCGGCCUAAUUCAGUGCCUAUGCAUGGGACUUGGAGAAAGUGGCUCCUCAAAAUAUGAGCUGCUUUAAUAACAGUCUAGCAUCUUCCUGAGGCAGGGGGAAUCCAUGGAGAGCAGCCAGAACCCAACCAGCAAAGGAAUCGAACAUGGCCGAUUCCAGAUCGAUUCUCCCACUGCAUUUCUAUUAAGUCAGUAUUUCUAACCUUCCUAACUUUUCUAUCAAAGAGGCCGAGUGAGUAACUGGUUUAGAGAAACCAUUAGGACACAGGUGAGAGAAAGGAAAAGAAUCCCCUCUUUUCCACUCUUACCACAAGUUAGGGAAGGAUUAACUAGCAGGGAUAGUGAUGCUUUAAGGCCUCCUAUUUGAGAUUAUUAAAGCACUGUUAUACUCAGAUGGAUUCCAGAAAGGACGCAUUUUAAUGGACAAUGGAGAUGUGCCUUGUGAUUCCGUUUUAAGAAAGACGCAAUUUGUCCAUUGUUAUUGUCAAGUCACUUCACUUCUCUGGGCCUCAUCUGUAAAAUGGGGAUGAAGACUGUGAACCCCACGUGGGACAACCUCAUCAUCUCAUAUCCCCCCCCGAGCUUAGAACAGUGCUUUGCACGUAGUAAACGCUUAACAAAUACCAUUAUUAUUAUUGCUCUGCCAUUAGGAAAGUUCAAUAGGGCCAACCAUCCAACAAUACAUGUUCACCAGUGAUACUGAUCCAUCUGCUUUUCCUGUAGUAGCUGAAAGGUCCAGGGAUAAUUGAUCGGGGGAAGAAAGGAGUCAUUCAUUCAUUCAGUCGUAUUUAUUGAGCAUUUACUAUGUGCAGAGCGCUGUACUAGGUGCUUAAGUCAAAGUCUCAAGGCUUUUUUCUGUGAUUUUUUUUUUUGCCAUUUUCUUUCAGUAUUUCCAUUUAAUGGCAUCAGCAACAUGAGGUUGGGGAUUUGGAAUUAGAUAUGACCAUGUUCUUUGAAGCCAAAGCGCUCGGCUGUGUUUAGUUGGGUUAACGAGUACAGCAAAGUUGAAAUCCCAGAGAAAAUAUAGAGUGAGUUCCCUAGGUGGAGCUGGGCAAUGUGGAUCUUUUUUUAAAGGCCUUACCAAGAACACAGGAGCAUCUAUUAAAGAGGAUUGUCUGUAAGAAGGAGCAGUUGGUACCUGACUGGUCACUUCUUCAUGCAUUUGUGUGGAAAUCAUUUCAGACCUUCAAAAGGGCAAGGAUUGGCAAUACUUAAUGUGGCAGAAUUGCCCACUGAAAAUCAAGGUCUUGAAAGCGUCCACACCAGGGACUUAGAAAACUACAAAUUUUUCCUAGAAUUCCAAUGACUUUGUAUUACUUCUAUGCAGAUUAUGUAUAUUCAAUUUGGACAAAAUGCUGUUACUUCCUAAAGCCUUGUCCUCUGAAAAUGUUACAGGUGUCACUCCCCAAACAGGGAAGAACAGCUGUUACUGUCAUUUAAAAAAAAUAAAACAAAUAUAAUGUUGGUCA